AUGGCAGGCACGGUUAUCGCACUUUAUACCGCAGGAGGUAUCUUUGGUGCUCUGUCCUGCAUCUACCUCGGCGAUCUCCUUGGCCGACGAAAGGUCAUUUUCAUCACCAAUUUCAUUGCUAUAAUCGGCGCCAUCCUCAUGGCUUCAUCGUUCCAAUUUGCUCAGUUUAUUGUGGCGCGAUUGAUUCUUGGCCUGGGAAUUGGUGGUUAUCUUGCGACUGUCCCUGUUUGGCAGUCUGAGAUUUCUCCUUCACAUAAGCGAGGUUCCAAUGUUGUCACCGAUGGCAUAUUUGUUGGAAUCGGUGUUACAAGUGCGUUGUGGAUCGACCUCGGCUUCUACUUCAUUAAAGGCAGCUCGGUGUCCUGGAGAUUCCCGCUCGCCUUCCAAGUUAUUCUGUGUCUUAUUGCCAUGACCUUUAUAAUGUUUCUUCCUGAGUCGCCUCGUUGGCUCAUUAAAGAGGGUCGCAUUGAAGAAGCCCGGGAGGUCCUCGAAGCUCUUUUAGAUGUUGAUGCUGAUUCUGAGGUAAUCAGAAAUACGAUCUACGACAUUGAAACAUCUCUAGCCAAAGCCGGGGCAUCAUCUUGGCGUGAUAUGUUCACUAUGGGCGAGCAGCGACUUUUCCAUCGCGCAUAUCUAGCUGCAACAGGCCAGAUGUUUCAGCAAAUGUGUGGAGUGAACUUGAUCACCUACUACGCAACCACAAUCUUCCAGCAGUACCUUGGCAUGGACGCUGUGCGUUCUCGAAUCCUCGCUGCCGCCAUGGGUCUGACACAACCGCUAGGUGGAUUCCUCGCCUUCUAUACAAUUGACCGUCUAGGCCGCCGUCCUUUGAUGCUCUGGUCUGCGGGCGCUAUGUCAAUAUGCAUGGCGAUUUUAGCCGGCACAACUGGGCAGGAGGGAAAUACUGGCGCUCUCGUUGUAGCAGUGGUGUUCCUUUAUGCCUUCCAGUUUAUUUUCACUGUCGGCUACUCCGGCCUGACAUUCCUGUAUGCUGCAGAGAUGGCACCACUACAAGUCCGCGCCGCAGUCAACGCUGUUUCAACUGCCACUGUGUGGGCCUUCAACUUCCUAUUGGCCGAGAUCACACCUGUUGGGUUUGACACGAUCUCCAACCGAUACUACAUUAUUUUCGCCGUUACAAACGCGGCAAUCGUGCCCUGUGUAUAUUUCUUCUUCCCCGAAACCAAAGGACGCACCCUGGAGGAAAUCGACGAAAUCUUCGCACAGUCGAAGUCUAUCUUCGACCCUCCUCGUGUCGCACGUCGUAUGCUCCAGCUCCAGGUUGGCCAGGAGCAGUCUGACAAUGGUGAUAAUAACACUUCCAGCGACGAAGCUGUGAAGAUGAAGGUAUAG